AUGCUCAUCGGAUCCGAAAUGUUUUACGACUUGAUAGAGGCUGGCAAGAUCCGAAUGUCCGCCGAACUUCCGUUACUACAAGAAAGCCGACUUGGUUGGCUAGUUGCGGGACCAGUUCAUUCUUCUGAAGGUAUCGCCUGUGUUCGUGUCCACCAAGUAAUGCCAGUUGAACCUGCUGAUGAGCGUCUUGACGAGCUGAUGAAACGCUUCUGGUGCAUUGAAGAACAGUUCCCCGACGAAAAAGUUGACAACGAUUGCGAGCAACCAGACGACCCAUGCUCGCAGAAAGGACGGACGGUACCUAGUGCUCGUUCCUCCCGACUCCCGUUCCGUGUCGAGGCUGAACUAUUAGGAGAAUCUAGGAACCAAGCGAUCAAACGAUUCAACACACUCGAGAAGAGAUUGGAGGCAUACCCCAAUACGAAGCAAAUGUACUCGGACUUCAUCAAUGAAUACAUCGAGCUUGGCCACGCAAGAUAUCUGAACGCGGAAGAAGCGACCGAAUACAACACCUACUACCUUCCGCACCACUGCGUGAUGAAACCCGACAGUUCGACAACCAAGCUGAGAGUGGUGUUUGACGCCUCAGCUAAGACGACCACGAGCUAUUCCUUGAAUGACGUGUUGAUGAGCCCUCCAACUAUCCAGAGCUCCCUGUUUGAUAUUAUUCUGAAGUGGCGUUCGCACAAAUACGUUUACACUGCCGAUGUGCAACGCAUGUAUAGACAGGUGAUAGUUGAUGAUUCCCACACUAAGUACCAGCGAUGUGUGUGGAGAGAUGAUAAGACGCAGCCGAUCCGAGAUCUUGAAAUAUUCCGAGUUACCUAUGGCAUAGGUCCAGCAGGGUUCCUGGCAACAAGAGCGAUGAUCCAGUUAGCGAACGACGAACAACACCGAUAUCCCGCAGCCAGCAAGGUCGUGCGAAGAGCGUUUUACGUAGAUGACGUACUCUCCGGUGGUGGUACCCUAGCCGAAACGAAAUUGCAGAUGAACGAAUUGACAGCACUACUCCGAGAAGAUGGCUUCAAGCUCCACAAGUUUUGCGCCAAUGAUCCUGCCUUGCUGAAAGACAUACCACCCGGAGAUCAAGAGAAACAGUUGAACUUCGAAGACAACGACAUCAACGGAGUGAUUAAGACACUUGGUCUCCUCUGGGACCCAGUCAACGACGAUUUCCUGUUUCAAGUUCAGCCGAUGAAAAACGAAAACCCGCCGACCAAACGACCAGUACUUUCCGAGAUCGCUAGAUUGUUUGACCCACUCGGAUUACUUGGUCCAACUGUGGUACUCGCCAAAUUAGUUAUGCAGCGAUUGUGGCAGAAGCAGAUUCGUUGGGACGACCUCAUCCCCGAUGAAGACCACGAAAUGUGGAAGAAACUACGACUUGAAUUGUGCCAAAUCAACAAUAUGAGAAUCCCCAGGCGAACCACAAUAGACGACCCGAUAACCUUAGAUUUGCACGGUUUUUCGGAUACCUCGAAGUACGCCUACGGCUGCUGCGUCUAUCUGCGAAGUGGGUCGGCUGCGGGAUCGGUCGAAGUAAGACUGCUGUGCGGCAAAUCCAGAGUUGCGCCGCUCAAGGAGCUGAACCGAAAAGAGAAGGAGAAUGCGGAUACCACCGAAAUGACUAUACCAAGAUUAGAGCUGUGUGCAGCGCUGCUGCUGUCCGAACAAGUUCAAAAAGUGCGCGAAACCUUAGAGAUAGGCAUUGAAAAUGUCAUCCUAAGGUCCGAUUCGAAAAUAGUGUUAGAUUGGCUAAAUAGAGUGAAACCAGAACAAUCACCUUUUGUGCAUAACCGAGUUAAGACAAUUCGAAAACUCACCGCGGGUAUGAAGUGGAUGCAUGUUGGAACUAAAGACAAUCCAGCGGACUUAGUGUCGCGUGGUGUUUACCCGAUCGAAUUAGUGAAUAGUGCAAUGUGGUGGGACGGUCCGAACAUUCUUCAUGCGACCGAUAUAGUGUACUAG